AUGUUCAACCAGCUUCUGAGGCUGGCCCCACAGGUGGGAUUCGUGGCCUCGGUGUUCAUCGAGUUCAGCCAAACGUUCAGCGCGCGCGCCAUGUCCAUGGGCGCAGAUGGAGAGGUCCUGCCAGGCCCCAAGUAUCCGGUCUGGGGAUGUGGCAAGUGCGGCGAGAGCGGCAACUGGGCCAGCAGGCUCAAGUGCCGCAGUUGUGGAGGGGCUGCGCCAGUGCGGGUCCAGCAGGACGCCCGUGCUGCAGCAGCCAAGACGGUGCGCCCUCAGCAGGGGCGCAGCGGCUCCAGCGGCGGCGACCAGUCGCGGCUGGCCAAGGAGGUCAAGGAGCUCAAGCAGCAGCUGGCGGUCGUCGGCUUUCUCAAGAGCCACGGCAUCGACUCGGCGCUCAUCGCCAAGGCCGAGGAGGCCAAGGUCCAGGAGCUCGAGUCCAAGCCGCCGUCCGCGCUGGCUGCUAGACAUCGGGUCGAGAAUGCGACGCGGAAGGUCGAGGAGCUUGAGGAGCGGCUCCAGCAGUGCGAGAUCCAGAAGCAGGAGAUCCUCAAGGGGGUCGCCGAGGCCACCGAGUCCCUGGCAGAGGUCAACUUCAGAGAUGCGGACGACCCCGUGGGUGUCGGCAUGGCUGACCUGGACCCCACGGCGGUUGACGACGCUGAAGGGAAGCAGGCGCUCGAGACCCUCAAGCGGCUGCAGCGCGCGGCCAAGGAGGCGGCUGGGCGCGAGGCUGCUGAGGGCGGCAGGGGCCCUGGCGGCGGCGCCGCUGCUGGCGCUGCUGGUGCUGACGCAGGAGGCGCUGAAGGCAGCGGCCAGGCACGGGCUCCACGGCCACCGACAGCAGCCGACUUCGAGGGCUCGGAGUUCCACGCUGGGCUCAAGCGGGCCAUGGGAGGAGAGAACCCUGAAGCCGCCGUCGCGGAGUUCCUGGCUGCCCACACAGCCAAGCGUCAGCGCGUUUGA